AUGGCAGCCUCGCCUCUGAGUGAAGACGGGUCGGGUUACAAACCUCAAAUGGACGAGCUCUGUUGGACUCCUGAUUAUAUUAAGUCAAAGACACUAUCAGACAAGGAGAUCUUGAGGUACAACAAUAUUAGAAGUAGUAGUGAAAAUGGUGUGGAUUUAGAGGUGGUUAGCUUGUGUAGCGGUUUCGUCGGGGGAGAAACGAUUCUCCCGUACAUGUCGUCGAGUUUGCCGAGCAUGCUGUCUUUAAUAACAGGCCAUGAAUUUAGUUUAAACUCGUUAAGGUUCAUGCAAGAGUUGAUGGGUUGUAUUCCUGUGGUGCACAUCGAGGAUGUUUGUGACGCGCAUAUUUUCUGCAUCGAGAAAGGCUCGUUGAGUGGCCGGUUCUUGUGCGCGGCCGAGAGCGUGACGAUCGAGGAUAUGGCUAAUUGCUAUGGGGAGAUUUACCCUGAAUUUCAUAUAGAAGAAGGAUUGAAGAGUGGGCCUAUUGGGAGAAGCAAAUGUGAGCUAUCAAAGUUGAGAAAAGAGGGGUUUGAGUUCAAGUAUGGAUUGAAACAAAUACUAAAGGAUAGUGUGAAAUGUGCAAAAAGGUUGGGGUUUUUACAAGAAUUUGCCCAACUUUGA